GCCGCGGGGCUCUGUGCGGGCACUCCGCGCACCCCUCGGCGCGCCGCCCGCCCCGGCGGAGCCGAGCCGAGCCGAGGCGAGGAGCCGAGCCGAGCCGAGGCGGCAGGAAGGUGUAUUUUUGAGGAGGGGAAGAACAAACAGCAUACGCGAUCCGCACGUGGUAACUCCCUCUCGAUUUCCUUUGGAGAGCAGCCGCCUGCUCUGUCUGUGAUCUACAAUGAGUGCCAAAUCUGCGAUCAGCAAAGAGGUUUUUGCCCCACAUGAUGAGAGGAUGCUGGGGGCUGUCCAAGUGAAAAGAAGAACGAAGAAGAAGAUCCCUUUCCUGGCUACUGGCGGUCAGGGCGAAUAUUUAACGUACAUCUGCCUGUCAGUGACGAACAAGAAACCAGCUCAGGCAUCUAUUACGAAGGUCAAGCAGUUUGAAGGUUCCACGUCCUUCGUCAGGAGAACGCAGUGGAUGCUCGAGCAGCUUCGCCAGGUCAACGGUAUCGACCCGAAUCGGGAUUCCCCAGAAUUUGAUUUACUAUUUGAAAAUGCUUUUGACCAAUGGGUAGCAAGCACAGCCUCAGAAAAAUGCACAUUCUUUCAGGUUCUUCAUCACACUUGUCAGCGGUACCUUACAGACAAGAAGCCAGAAUUUAUCAACUGCCAGUCUAAAAUCAUGGGAGGUAACAGCAUACUGCACUCGGCAGCAGACAGCGUGACGAGCGCGGUGCAGAAGGCGAGCCAGGCUUUGAACGAGCGCGGCGAGCGGUUAGGUCGAGCCGAAGAAAAGACGGAGGAGCUGAAGAACAGCGCUCAGCAGUUUGCAGAAACUGCACACAAGCUUGCCAUGAAGCACAAAUGUUGAGAUGCUGCCCAAAGUCAAAAUCUUCCCGAGAGGAACUGAAAAGCUAGGUUCAGCAAUUUUUACAGGAGAAUCCAAACUUUCAUGAGCUUUUGCCUUCCAGUUCAGUGGAGAUAAGUUCUUUCAGUUUCUGUGCCAGAAAACAUACUGUAUUUUUUACCUGUUUGAUUUAUUUUUUGUUAUUUUUGUAGGAUUGCUACACAAGCCCUGCAGUAGUACUUCCAACCUGUACUUCAGGUAUCACAGGAGUUAAACAGGGAGAGUGGACCAAGUGAUAGGCUGGUCAGUAUUAAAGUAGGAAUAAUCUUCCCCUGUACUCUUUCCUGAUACUGUACAGGGAAAUAUUUAACUGGCUGUGAGAUGUACGUGGAAAUAAAAUCCAAAGAAAGGUUAUUCUACUUUCAGUUUCUGUAGCAUUAGCAGAAUGUGAAUGUUGGAAUUAAACACCUGAGGUCAUAACUAGAGUGGAGAACAGACCUGUUUGUUACGGGAGACAGAAAAACGUAUUUCCUCUUCCUAGCGUAGGAAUUUUGCAUGUGCCAUUACCAGCGUUCGGAAAUGGAUAUCUGAAUUACACAGGGGAAUCUGUUACUGUGCUGCAUUUUGAAUAUUUAUAUUUUAUCUUCCGGGUGGAUAUUUGAAUUGUACAAUGAAACCUGGAGAAUGUAUGCUUAAGGUCUCAGAGUUCUGAGAAAAAUGUGAUUUUUACAUCUGCUUGCACAUAAUUGUGCCUCGAACUCAAUCUAGAAUUUAGCAGUCUGGUUAAAAAAAAAAUCAUUUUCUUUUUACCUGUGAUUCUCUACUUAAAGGCCCAUACAAAUUAAAAUGCACCAUUUUGAGUCACCUGUUUUGCAUAAAUUCUACACUAAGACUUUGGGGGCGGGGGGAAUUCAGGAAUUUACCUGGUUAAAAUGAGUUGACAUCUGUGUUAGCUAGUCCACUGAUUUUUAAAAUAGAGGCUUAAAAAAGCAUGUCUUAGUACAUUAGAAUCAUAACUUAUAGUUUGGGUCUUAGUUUUCAAUAAACAUUACCACUGGAAGAGUGCCUGCCUGCUGAUGUUUCUCUUACAAAAAUAAGUUGGUUGCUCUUCCAUGACAGCUGUAUUCUUAACAUUUAUUAAAAUAUUCUUAUUUACUUCUAGAAUUAAAAUAAAAAGAAAAUAAGGAGAUGUCACACUUUAUUUUUCUUUUUUUCAAACAGUAAGCUAUAACAGAACCUCUGGCAGAAAUUUCAGCCUUCGUUUUUCAAAUAUGUGUGCUCUUUAAAGUCAGUGCACUUCAGAAUUUUCUGUCCUCAUCUAACCGAAGAGCCAGAGAGCUGGCAUUAUCUGAAUGUACUGCAGUUUUCAUUUUCAUUGUAGAAUAAGAUUUUUGCAUUAUUAAUGACACUUUAAACAGUCUAAGAUCCUCAGAGCAGUGCUUGGAAUAGAGAUGAAAGCUUUCGUAGUAACUGAGAAUAUUUUAGUUUACUGCAGGCUGAAGUAAUUGAAAAUCUCUCUUGGAAAUAUCCAUAUUGUAAGAAGAUGUUUGGCUUUAGGAGAACAAUCAAGCUAAAUACAUCAACUGCUUCAAAGUGGUGCAUUCCAAUUUUACAUCUUUUUUUUUUCCUGUAUCUUAAACUGUUUUGUAUCAAGCUUUCUUCUAAUUUCACACUGGGAUUGAGAGAAAGAGCAGAUUUGUCCUCUAUGUCAUACCCAACAGUCAUUUUAGGGUCACUUCUAACAAUUAUUGCAACCUGUACUGACAACUAAAAAGGAGUUUGGCCAGCUACAUGUUGCAGGUGGGAGCAGUAUCGUUUAAGACAGGAGUUCUGAACACUUAGUUGAGCUUCUUGCAAUUACUGCUUGUUCUGGAAAUGUCAGUAGCUAUCUGAGAACCACUGUAAUGAAUGUGGAUAUUUCUGCAAAUUAACAAGUAAAAUAGUCUCUUGUUAGAAAUCAAAUUUCUGCUAGAGAUGCUAGAGACAAAAUGUUAGACUUUUUAAUAACUGUGUUAGAGUUCAGUCAGGUGCAUUUCUGACCACACAGCUGUCUUCUGUCAUUGACUUUUCUACUCUAAGUAGUUUUUAGCUAUAUUGUAGGUGAUUUUGCUGCUAACCUAACCUAAAUGUUUCUGUUGAGAGAAAGAUGGAGCAGGCUUUGAGCUGCUGCCAUCUAGCUGGUCCUCUAAGCUUGUCAAUACUUUAGAAGAAAUAUCUAAACUCCAGAUCGGGUAAAGCUGAAUGGAGUCAAUUGUGUAAAUUCAGAUAAAAAAGGCGUAGAUUUUCGGGUGUUUACAUGUUUUACUGUCGGCUGGACAGGUCCAGUUCACAGUUGCACUGCUGAGUUCCAGAGCCUUUGUGGACUGAACUGCUCUGAAACGUUGCGUUAGUCCCAGCGACAGUUCUGCCACAUUGGUUUUGUAUAUCUUCCUGUUGGAGUUUAAUGUAUUACAUAUCAUAGCUCAGGACUUUUUUUCAGCCAUCAGAAGCCAAUUGCUACGGGAUUUUUGAGUAAACUAGUGAUAUGGAUGAAGAAAAAAAGAGUUUACUUGUGUUUUUAUUCUGUUCUUGCUGUUCAUUAAACUACACAAGAUAUGGUGUUUUCUAGAAAAAUUUUGAAGGUGUGUGCUAACAUCUAUCCAAAGGUAAAUCUUAGAGCAUUGCAAUUUCCUCCUGGGAACUUAGCUUGUAGUGUAUACAACAUAGUAUUAUGAGCUAUCCAUGUACAUAUCAUACAUAUAUAUAAUUCAGGUUAAUGUUUCAUAUUAAAGAAUGUAUUUGUAAAUUGUAACAAGAUCAAUAGUUUCCUUAUCUUUUUAAAGUUCUGUGAAGAAUAAGAAAAAGCAUUGUUAGACUUGAGACUACUGUACUGCAAAAUCUGUCUUAAAAGGCUACUUUUGUAUCUAGCAAAAGUUGUGCAUUAUGUGAAAUAUUAACAAACGUGUUCUCUAAGAAGUGAUCUUAAAGGUAGGUAGGUUUUGCUAUUAUAUGCCAGAAUUGUAAUACUUGCUGAUAUCUGUUGUAACAAAUUCCUCAGAAGUUCUCAAAGAUGUAGAAAUAAUUUUGUGCCAUUCCGGGGAAAAAAAAAAGUAGGACCUGCUCUGUUGAGUCUUACUGGAAACCUUGCUUUUGUCAUUAAAUACUUUAACUGUGAAAUAAAGAAAA